AUGGCUUAUAUCUAUCUACAGUAAACUAUGUUGUGUGCAGAAUAAUGUAUCAUAUUAUUCGCAAAUGACAAUUUGACGGUGUGCAUGUGACGUCGAUACUUUUUACUGUAUCAUACAAUGUAUAUUUAAUGAUUUUAAUGUAAAAAAAAGAAAUGGAUAAAAUACAUUUCUCAAUGAUAAAAGUAUGUUAUAAUAUACAUUCAAAAUGUCAGAGUUAAUGGAUAAUUCUUUAGAAAAGAUUGAUAUUAUUCUUCCUAAGCAAAGCUUGCUAUACCAGGAAGAAAAUUUGGAUUAUAUUCUUUGUAAACCUAAAUUAAUUCCAUUAAAAUCAGUUACAUUAGAAAAAUUAGAAAAGAUGCAAAAAGAUGCUGAAUUAAAAAUUCAAGAACCAAUAGAAUAUAAUAAUGUAAAUGAAAAUGAAUAAGUUUUAAAAACUGAAGAAUAAACAUAAUUUCAGUUAUGAUAAAAUAAAAUUAAAAAUCACCAAAAUGGUUCUUGGAGUAUUCUUGACAGAAAUUGUGGUAGCAUUUUGUCUUGCUGCCACUUUAUUAUAUAAAUAUGGGAAUAUUUUUCGACAUCAUAUUAUCGUUACAAUCUCUGUACUCAUAGCAUGGUACUUUUCAUUGUUAAUAAUAUUUAUCUUACCUUUAGAUGUUUCAUCUACUGUUUUUAGACAAUGUGUUGAACAAAAUAUUCAUAAUAGCACAAAAUUAAUGUCUGAUGGUACAACAGCAAUUCCAUUUCAUACUUGUAAAGAACCUUGGCCUAAUGUACCAGAACAUAUAUUUCCAAAUUUAUGGAGAAUUGUAUAUUGGACUUCACAAUGUUUAACAUGGUUGAUAUUACCUCUCAUGCAGUCUUACAUAAAAGCAGGAGAUUUCACUGUUCAAGGAAAAUUAAAAUCUGCUUUGAUAGAUAAUGCUAUAUAUUAUGGAAGUUAUUUGUUUAUAUGUGGUAUCCUUUUAAUAUAUAUAGCAUUAAAGCCUGGUUUUGAUCUUGAUGGUCAAAAAUUAAAAGCUAUAGCAUCAUCUGCAUCAAAUACAUGGGGUUUAUUUUUAUUGGUAUUACUUCUUGGAUAUGCACUUGUGGAAGUUCCUCGUGGAUUAUGGAAUGCUAGCAAACCUGGAUACACUUUAAAUUAUAGCUACUUUAAAGUUGCUAAAUUAAGUUUAGAUAAAUGUGAAGCGGAAGAAACAGUAGAUGAUAUACUUGAGUCUUUACAAGCUGCUACAGUUUCUAUUGGACCAGGACAUCCUUUUCAUUGUAAUUUAGAAACAAUUUUUCAAAAAAUUCCAGCAGAAUUAAAAGAUAGAAUGAAUAGAAGACAAUUACCAGAUGAUACACCAACAGAUACACCAUCAGAAAAAGCUUUAAUUCGUCUACAUAGACAAACUAUAAAAGCAUUGCAAACUUUACAACGUAUAGAAACUCAAUGGGGAAUUUUGGUUGAUAAAAUAAUUGAUUUGGAAGAUAUAGCAAGAAAUCAACUAAAUGAUGAUAGAAGAUUUAAACCAACUUUCCCUACACAUCGUUCAUUUCCAUUUUGUAUUAUUUAUAAUCCAAUUAUUGAAUGGUAUUGGAAAUGUAUCAUAAAAAGUUAUGUACAAAAAAUUGUAGCUAUUUGUACUGGAUGUCUUUCUAUUGCUGUAGUAUGGUCAGAAGUAACAUUUUUCAAUAAAUCUCCAGUAUUAUCAUUGUUUGCCCAAUUUUUGAAUCUAGCUAAAGAAAAUUACGAUUACUUUACAAUUGAGGUAUUAUCAAUGCUGAUAAUUGCUUAUCUUUGUUAUUGUGCUUAUUCAACCGUUUUAAAAAUUCGUGUAUUAAAUUUAUAUUAUUUGGCUCCACAUCAUCAAACAAAUGAAUAUAGUUUAAUAUUUAGUGGCAUGAUGUUGUGUCGUCUUACACCACCUAUGUGUUUGAAUUUCUUGGGUCUUAUACAUAUGGAUUCACAUAUUAUUAAAACUCAUAUUUUGGAAACUCAUUACACUCAGGUAAUGGGACAUAUGGAUGUUAUUUCUAUUAUAUCUGAUGGAUUUAAUGUAUAUUUUCCAAUGGCUAUUCUAGCAUUUUGCUUAGCAACAUAUUUUAGUCUAGGAAGUAGAUUGCUUUCUAUGUUAGGUUUCCAACAAUUUCUUGAUGAUGAUGAAUUUACAACAGAUCUUGUUGAAGAAGGUCAAGAAUUAAUAAAACGAGAAAGACGCAAACGACAAAGAGCGGAAGAUUUAAUAUGUAGAAGACGCGAGCUUCAAGAACGAUUUAGCGGUGCUGCCAAUUCAUCUCGCUACAGAACCUCAAGACAAAGUACUGACACAGUUCGUCCUUUAAAACGAGAUGAAUCAGUAGAAUCUGCUAGAGCUGGAUUAUUACAUGAUUUUGAUCCUACGGAAUAUUAUAUUGGCAUGGCAUCUGGAGUUGAUAGUUAUGGUGCAAAUAAUAGUUAUGAUAGAGGUUAUCAAGCCGAUGAUUUUUAUGAAGAACAUACUGAUACAGCAAGAGCAUUUAUUGCAAAUACUAAUUGUGUAGCUCCACAAAGAGGAUUAUUCGAUGAUAUUUAAGUAUGUAAAACUUAAUAUAUAAUAUUUAAGUUUUGCUCAGUAAUAAAUUAUAGAACAACUAUAUUUAUAUUAAAAAAUACUCUAAUUCUAUACUCUUGAUACAUAAAACUUUCUAUGUAUUAAAUUUGAAAUUAUGAAUAUAAUUAAGUUCAACUUUUACUAAGUAACAAUCAUAUAAAACUAUGUUACAAAAACAGUAGUAUAGUUAAAGCAUGAAUUAAAUAACAUAGUUGAAAAUU